AUGGCCCAGGGUGCCAUGCGCUUCUGCUCGGAAGGCGACUGUGCCAUCUCCCCGCCACGAUGCCCACGCCGCUGGCUCCCCGAAGGCCCGGUGCCCCAGAGCCCCCCGGCCAGCAUGUAUGGCAGCACAGGCUCCCUACUACGGCGGGUGGCAGGUCCAGGUCCCCGAGGCCGGGAACUUGGACGUGUGACAGCACCCUGUACACCCCUGCGUGGCCCCCCUUCACCCCGUGUUGCUCCCUCACCCUGGGCACCCUCUUCACCCACUGGGCAGCCCCCACCAGGGGCCCGGAGCUCUGUGGUCAUAUUCCGCUUUGUGGAGAAGGCCAGCGUGAGGCCACUGAAUGGGCUACCUGCCCCCGGAGGCUUGAGUCGGAGCUGGGACCUGGGUGGGGUCUCUCCUCCCAGUCCCACCCCAGCCCUUGGGCCUGGCUCCAACCGAAAGUUGCGGCUAGAAGCAUCCACAUCAGACCCACUCCCAGCUGGAGGAGGCUCAGCUCUGCCUGGCAGCCAGGGCCUUUUACACGGGCCACCAGCUCAACCUCAGGUUGGAGCAGACGGUCUUUACUCCUCUCUCCCCAAUGGGCUGGGGGGACCCUCUGAGCACCUGGCCACAUUAUUCCGAGGACCUGCUGACACUGGACUCCUUAACCAGGGGGACACCUGGUCCUCACCCAGAGAAGUCUCCUCUCAUGCCCAGAGAAUUGCUCGAGCCAAAUGGGAAUUCUUCUAUGGCUCUUUGGACCCCCCCAGCUCAGGUGCUAAGCCCCCAGAGCAGGCCCCCCCAUCUCCACCUGGGGCGGGCUCAGGGCAGGGCUCUGGGGUGGCUGUGGGGCGAGCAGCCAAGUACUCCGAGACGGACCUGGACACAGUGCCCCUGAGGUGCUACCGCGAGACCGACAUCGAUGAGGUGCUGGCUGAGCGGGAAGAGGCUGACUCGGCCAUCGAGAGUCAGCCCAGCUCUGAGGGCCCGCCUGGCACUGCCCGCCCACCUGCCCCACGUCCCGGCCCAUGCCUUGGCCCUCGUUCCAGCCUGGGCAGUGGCAAUGAGGACGAGGAUGAGGCAGGUGGGGAAGAGGAUGUGGACGACGAGGUGUUUGAGGCCUCAGAAGGGGCCCGGCCAGGCACCCGAAUGCCUCACUCCGGGCCUCUCAAGUCGCCUCUGCCCUUUCUACCUGGGACCAGCCCCUUGGCUGAUGGGCCCGACUCUUUCAGUUGUGUGUUUGAAGCCAUCUUGGAGUCACACCGGGCCAAGGGCACCUCCUACACCAGCCUCGCCUCGCUGGAGGCCCUGGCCUCACCUGGCCCAACCCAGAGCCCCUUCUUCACCUUUGAGCUGCCUCCCCAGCCCCCUGCCCCCAGGCCUGACCCACCUGCUCCUGCCCCACUUGCCCCUCUUGAACCGGAUUCUGGUACCAGCUCUGCUGCUGAUGGGCCUUGGACACAGAGAGGGGAGGAAGAGGAGGCAGAGGCUGGAGCCAAGCAGGCCCCAAGGAGGGAGCCCCCUAGUCCCUGCCGCUCAGAAGACAGCUAUGGGCUGGGGGCAGCUCCCCUGGGCAGUGAACCACCCCUGAACCAGCUCGUGUCCGAUUCGGACUCAGAGCUGGACAGCACAGAGCGGCUGGCCCUGGGAAGCACAGACACCUUGUCCAAUGGGCAGAAAGCAGACCUGGAGGCUGCGCAGCGCCUAGCUAAGAGGCUGUACCGACUAGAUGGCUUCAGGAAGGCGGAUGUGGCCCGGCAUCUGGGCAAGAACAAUGACUUCAGCAAACUUGUGGCUGGCGAGUACCUGAAGUUCUUUGUCUUCACGGGCAUGACUCUGGACCAAGCUCUCAGGGUGUUUCUGAAGGAACUGGCCUUAAUGGGUGAGACCCAGGAACGGGAGCGCGUGCUGGCCCACUUCUCCCAGAGAUACUUCCAGUGCAAUCCUGGAGCCCUGUCCUCAGAGGACGGUGCGCACACGCUGACCUGCGCCCUCAUGCUACUCAAUACGGAUCUCCACGGCCACAACAUCGGGAAGCGCAUGACCUGCGGAGACUUCAUUGGUAACCUGGAGGGCCUCAACGAAGGCGGCGACUUCCCCAGAGAGCUGCUCAAGGCCUUGUACAGCUCCAUCAAGAAUGAAAAGUUGCAGUGGGCCAUAGACGAGGAGGAGCUGAGACGCUCUCUGUCUGAGUUGGCCGACCCCAACCCCAAGGUCAUCAAGAGAGUCAGCGGGGGCAGUGGCAGCGGCUCCAGCCCUUUCCUGGACCUGACUCCCGAGCCCGGGGCCGCAGUCUACAAGCACGGGGCCUUGGUGCGAAAGGUGCACGCAGACCCUGACUGCAGGAAGACACCUCGGGGCAAGCGGGGCUGGAAGAACUUCCACGGGAUCCUCAAGGGCAUGAUCCUCUACCUGCAGAAGGAGGAGUACCAGCCUGGGGAGGCCCCGUCGGAGGCUGAGCUGAAGAAUGCCAUCAGCAUCCACCACGCACUGGCCACGCGUGCCAGUGACUACAGCAAGAGGCCCCACGUCUUCUACCUGCGCACCGCUGACUGGCGCGUCUUCCUCUUCCAGGCCCCGAGCCUGGAGCAGAUGCAGUCCUGGAUCACUCGCAUCAAUGUGGUGGCUGCUAUGUUCUCCGCACCCCCCUUCCCAGCUGCUGUCAGUUCCCAGAAGAAGUUCAGCCGCCCUCUGCUGCCCAGUGCUGCCACCCGCCUCCCCCAGGAGGAGCAGAUGCGGACCCACGAGGCCAAGCUGAAGGCCAUGGCAAGUGAGUUGCGGCAGCACCGGGCUGCCCAUCUGGGCAAGAAGGCCCGGGGCAAGGAGGCUGAGGAGCAGCGGCAGAAGGAGGCCUAUCUGGAGUUUGAGAAAUCUCGCUACGGCACAUAUGCAGCGCUGCUUCGGGUCAAGCUGAAGGCGGGCAGUGAAGAGCUGGAUGCGGUAGAGGCCGCACUGGCCCAGGCCGGGAGCACGGAGGACGGACUCCCCCCUCCUCACUCCAGUCCCUCCUCGCAGCCCAACACCUCUAGCCAGCCCCGGGCUCAGUGUCCUGGCCCAGAGUCUCGCGCAGGGGCAGGCAGUGGGCGGUGGAAGCCCUGAGUUGCGGGUGGGAGUAGGGGGGUGGUGCCCACCAGGCACCUGCAUGACAGGGCCCUGCCUGAGCCCGGGCCGGCCUCGGGCCACCUGGGAGGGCCCCUCGGUCCAGGGCCUGACCGCGCCGGACGCGGUGUCCGGGGCAGGGCAGGGCUAGGGCACGGGCCUCAGGAGCCUUAGGCUAAGGGCCCCUCUGAGACCCCCCUUUUUGUGAUAAUGUUUUGCACUUUUUCGUACAGGGGACUGGGACGGGAGGGGCCAGGGCCCCUGGAAUUUUGAUGCUUUUUUUUUGUGGGGGAGACCUGACAUUUCUGCUGAGACCACCCCACCCCUGACACCAGCAAUCCCCCUCCAUCCUGGGGCCUGGCUCAGACAGAAGCCAGGAGUUGGGGCUGAGCUGGUUUUCCCUCCCUCUUCCGUGAGGGCUCACCCUCUCUCUUUCCAGAGGUGGAGGAAGGGUGUCCAUGCUGAGGCCCUAUGCACAGGCCGGGGGCAGCAUGGCCUUGCUUUCCCUCCUUCAGUGGGCCCUGCCCUUUGUAUAGCCUCCACCUCCAUUAAAACUGCUCUAGA